AUGCCACCCAAAUCCGCACCCAAAGCCGAACUACCCCAACUCAACAAAACCCCUUCCGGUCCCGGCUCAGGCCCCCUCCCAAUCCGCCCCUCCUCCUCCGUCAUCCUUUUAUCUCCCACCAACCAAGUCCUUUUGCUUCAUCGGGUCGCCAAAUCUUCCUCUUUUGCCUCCGCGCACGUUUUCCCGGGUGGCAACCUUUCCGAGUUUCACGAAGGCGACUUUUAUCCUUUGCCAAAGAACGGGGAGUUGCACAAGGAUAGUGAAGCUUAUCGGUUGGCGGCUGUGAGGGAGACGUUUGAGGAGAGUGGGAUUUUGCUUGCGCGGAAGAAGGGGACUGGGGGGAAUGGAAGUGGGGGAAAUGGGGAUGGGAAUGAGAUGCUGGUGUUGAGUGAGGAGGAGCUGGAAGAGGGGAGGAAAGAAGUUUUCGGGGAUAGGAUCAAGUUUGGGAAGUGGUUGGAGGGAAAGGGCGGGGUUGCUGAUAUUGAAAACCUCCACCCCUUCACCCGCUGGAUCACGCCCCAAAACCAGCGCAAACGCUUCACCACGCAAAUGUACCUCUACAUGCUCCCCCUCAACACCAACACUUCCGAAUCGCAGACCCGAACCGUAGUCCAAACCCCCACCCACGACGGCGGCAUCGAGCACACCGCCGCACUCUUCGACUCCCCAUCUACUUGGCUAGCCAAGGCCUCCUCCGGAGAAAUUAUCCUCUACCCACCGCAGUUCUACCUCCUGACGCUCAUCAGCCGGUUCCUUCCCACCAACCACUCAUCAAACUACAGCGAGCAACGCGAGAAGCUUUUGUCGUUUUUGCGCCGUGUGCCGACUUCCAGCGUCAAGCAUCCCACCUCCGACAUCCCCUGGGCAAAAAAGGUCAUGAGUCCCGAAGUCGUCAGCUUCGCCAAGACUGGGAGUUACGGUAAUGGACGGGUAAUCUUGGGACUGGCGAAGCCGGGACAUGAGUUGAGGGAUAGUGGACGGGGAGGAGACGUUGAGAGGGUUGUGCUGGUGGAUUUCAGGAAGGAGGAGGUUGAAGAGACAAAGGAAGAGAAGACGGAGAGUGGGGUGGUGAAGAAGGUUGUCAAGACGGCGAUGAGGGUGCCGAGAGACUUGGAGGUGGUGGAGAGGGUGGAGGCUAUGGCUAUGGCUGCUGCUCCGACUGAGAAGACCAAGGGGAAGGGGAGUAAGCUGUAA